UCACCACCAUGAAGCUCCUGCUGCUGACCUUGGCCACACUGCUGCUCUUGUCCCAGCUCACUCCAGGUGAUGCUCAGAGAUGCUGGAACCUCAAUGGCAAGUGCCGCCACCGAUGCUCUAGGAAGGAGAGCGUCUAUGUCUACUGCACAAACGGGAAGAUGUGCUGCGUGAAGCCCAAGUACCAACCAAAGCCAAAGCCAUGGCUGUUUUAAGUGCCCUGAAGCCUAGAGCCUGGAGGAUGCAGUUGGCAAAGUUGUCCUAGGUUGAGCUCAUGGAUUCUUGAGCUCAGUCAAUAAAUGCACCUGGCUGA